ACUUCCGGAAAUGUAGUUUGGAGUUCAUUUUUACAAAUUAUUUUUAAUACAUUCAUUUUGUUUUCAUACGCUAUUUCGCAAAGACAGCUGUCGAAAAACAUGCUAAUUUAUCAUGAAAAAAAACCUCGUACAACCCGGAAGAGAGGAGUCGCCGUGCCACGUCACUGUUAACCGCUUUGCCGGUUGCGUUGACACGCCGCAAACUCGUACCGUCGACAACAUGUUGCCGUCGUUGUCGCUGGGAUGUUUGCUGCUCCACCUCUUUGUGGUCUUCGCCACCGAAUUCACGUUUGAGCUCCCCGAUAACGACAAGCUUUGUUUCUACGAAGAGCUGGAGAAGGAUGUCAAGUUCGACAUAGAUUACCAAGUGAUUUCGGGAGGAAACUACGACGUGGACUGUUUUGUGACAGACCCCCUGGAUAACAUGUUGUACAACGAGAACAAGAAGCAGUACGACAGUUUCUCUCACACCACCGCCAUGAGGGGGACCUACAGGGUCUGCUUCAGUAACGAAUUCUCCACCUUUUCGCACAAAUCCAUCUAUCUGGAUUUCCGACACGGCGACGAGGAUUCGCUCCUGCCCGGGAUGACCAGAGCCACGGCGCUGACGCAGCUGGAAUCGACCUGCGUGUCCAUCCACGAGAUCCUGAAAGUGGUUACGGAGUCGCAGAUAUGGUACCGGCUAAGGGAAGCGCACGACCGCAACAGAGCGGAUCACCUCCACGAGCGCGUCACCCUGUGGUCCGUCGGCGAAACGGUCCUGCUGUUUGUCAUCGGCGUGGGUCAAGUCAUGUUGCUCAAGAGCUUUUUCAACGACAAGAAAGGCUCCGUGGCGGCAAUGACUUAAAAUGUAACCCCCCCCCCCCCCCUGCGCCAUUGUUUUUUGCUGGAAAGAGAUACCACUCAGAUUAGUGUUUGAAACUUGAUAGCUACAGAGAAUUUAUUUUCCUAGAAUUUUGAACUAACCUGGUCGUCUCAAUAGUAUUGUCAUUGUGACUGUAAAAUGAUACCCAAGUUGAAGCUAUUCCUUUCAGUAGUCAUUGUUUGUCCUAAUUUAUGCGGGGAAAGUUGUUCCAAGAUUAAAACCACACAUUUCUACUUUGCUUUUUC